CUUUAAUUUAAAUCAUUUGUUUUUCGAGGAAAACAUCUCGAGGUUUUUGUGUAUCCAAUAACAAAAUAAUCUGACAAUUCUUUAUUUUUCGUUAUUUUCGAAUUGUCAACGAUUAUUUAGCUUAGGAAUAGUAUUGAAAUAAUUAAUUCUGCAUUAUGGUUUUAAGUAAGAUAAACGGCGUUCUUAGAGAACUCGAAAGAGCCGAGUUGGAGGCAGAAGAUGGAGUUGUUAGUUCACAAGUUUAUACUCGAUUACUUGCUAUAUAUCUUUAUCAAAAUGAAUUGUGUUACGCCAAAUACUUGUGGAAGAGAAUUCCGGAUAGUGUGAAAAGCAGUAGUGCGGAAUUAUGUCAUGUUUGGACUGUUGGUCAGCAUAUGUGGAAAAGAGAUUGGCCUGCUGUUCAUGCUGCUCUUAACGUAAAUUGGAGCGAAGAUGUAGAUGAAGUCAUGAAUGCUCUCAAGGAAAAUGUCCGUGAACGUGCCAUGGUACUCGUAUCGGAAGCAUAUUCAUCUUUGGACGUCGAGAUCUUGGCUGGUAUGACUGGUCUUUCAGGAGAACAAACUCAAAACUUAGCCCUUGAAAGGGGCUGGACCGUAGACGGAACUAUGAUUCAACCUCGUAAACUCGACCGAGAACAAAGUACACCAGCUCAAGAGACCCUUACUGAAGAACAAUUGUAUAAAUUAACACAAUUUGUAUCUUUUCUGGAAAACUAAACGACUAAAAUCAUUCAUCUAAAGAAGUGAUGAGUUAAAAACUUAACAACAACGAUGAAUAAUUACAUUUCUGUUUUUUUUCAAACUUACAUGAAACAUUUGGAAGAUUUUCCGAUAUUUUGUCGUGUAAUUGUUAUUUUAAAGGAUGUUCAUGUUGAAGAAAGGUGAUAACGAUGUGAUCCAAUUUGAUGAAGAAAGUUGGUAUUUGCAAUUCAUCUUUACCAUCAGGAUGAGCAGCAUUUCAGGUGAAUUUAUAUUCUGUAAUAUUUAUACUCUACUUUAAGAAUAAUUUUAAUACAUUCUGAAAUAUAAGUUGUGUAAAAAAUAAAUUGUUGAAUUUAUUAAUUGGA